CUGCGAACAUAAGUUGUCCCACACUGUAGGCUACAUGUUGGUAUGUGGGUAAAGGUUACGAGGCUUUAUGGAAGUCACCUUUUACCACAGGGGGACCCCCUGAAGAACCCCAAAUCCCAACUUGAGACCCAUUAGAAAAGCCUUCUGUGUCUGUCCCUGUCAGGGGGAGGAGCGGAGACUUAUAUCGGCCAAUCACAGAGAGGGAGCGGACUUUUGGGUGUUUUGAUUGGCCGGCUCGACCAGGCAGUCUGGAGGAACAGGAAGAGACUUUUUUGUGUCGUGUGUGUUGAGCAGAGGUAGGUAAAGCGGACUUCGCUAAUACACGCAGGGCAGCACGAUGAAGAAGCAGAAGGAGAGCCAGUGCACUCAGAAGACCAUCUCAUUGCUGAGCCCCCUGGGGACCAUCCAAGUCAGUGGAUGUGAGAAUGGUGUGCACACCAUCCAGAUCCUAAUGGAUGUCGCACCUGCUGAAAGGAGCGGUGCGGCCCCCCUGAGCUGUGUGGUCAACGAUAGCCCGGCAGAAACGAGCCCCGAGUUGCAGCGCUGCACCGAAUGGCUCCAGGCGUACUUCAGUGAGCCGCAGACCACUGGGAGUCUCCCGCUCCCUGCCUUUCACCACCCCGCCCUGCAAGGAGACGCGUUCACCAGCCACGUGCUGCACGUACUUCUGAGGGACGUGAAGUUUGGAGAGACGGUGUCGUACAAACGCCUGGCUGAGAUGGCGGGAAACCCCAGAGCGGUGCGGGCGGUGGGAGGGGCCAUGAGGAGGAAUCCGGUUCCUCUCCUCAUCCCUUGCCACCGAGUCAUUUCGAGCAGUGGACAGAGUGGGCCGUACAUGAGCGGCAAGGGCGACCAUCUCAAACAAUGGCUGCUCACCCAUGAGAGGCAGAGAGGGAAAGGCUAAAGCAUGACAGAGGCCAACUGUCCUUCAUUUAGUACACACACACACACACACAUACACACACACACAUACAUUAUUUGUAUAUAUACACACACACACACACAGACAAGGACAGUGUUUUUUGAAAACACAAAAACAGGGCCAUAAAGUUUAGCAAGCUUGGCACACUCUGUGGAACAACUGGAGCUAUUGUAGAUAUUCAGUUUAAACUCCCUUUUUUUAAAUCUAAGAAUAGAGAUACUGCAUAGUUAAUGUGAUACAGAGUUGUUGCAGAAUUAGAAUGUACAAAAAUAACUUAAACAGAGAACAGUAGGAAUUACAAACAUAUGCUCCCGUGGGUCUCCGUUGCGUUUGCCAGAUAGUGCUUGGAAUGGUUUUUCUAAAGAAUUAUUAUUCCCUUAAAAAUAUGUCUCUCGCAUUGUUGUUGUUGUUGUUUUUUUUUCCUGAGCAGAAUUAGUCUUUGUACCUCUCGUUGGUUUUUUAAUUUCCUGCCAAGUGAAUGCUUUGUUCAACAUCCAGUGAUAAAGGCUCUGAAUUUUACUGCUACAAAGCUUUGUAGUGAGCAUUUGUUUUGUCUUCAUUUAGAUCUCAUUGUUUGCUCUUGCCUUACAAUCCACCUAGAGCCGACAUGUCUUAUGCAUUAUAUACUGCACUUUAGUUACGUUAGACAUGUUUAAAUAAAUACGUCUCAAACUGACAAA